AUGGGAAGGCAACCUUGUUGUGAGAAAGUGGGAUUGAAAAAAGGGCCAUGGACUGCUGAGGAAGACAACAAGCUCAUCACUUUCAUCCUCACUAAUGGUCAAUGCUGCUGGAGGGCUGUCCCUAAAUUGGCAGGGUUAUUAAGGUGCGGAAAAAGUUGUAGACUUAGAUGGACAAAUUACUUGAGACCGGAUUUAAAAAGAGGACUUUUAUCAGAAUAUGAAGAAAAAAUGGUCAUUGAUCUUCAUGCUCAACUUGGGAACAGAUGGUCUAAGAUUGCUUCUCAUCUACCAGGAAGAACAGAUAAUGAGAUAAAAAAUCAUUGGAACACUCACAUAAAGAAAAAGCUCAAGAAAAUGGGGGUUGACCCUAUCACUCACAAACCACUAAAUAGUACUACAAUUAUUCAAACUCAAAAUCAACAACUACACCAACCGAUAGAAGAAAAACAACAAAACCAACAACCUUUGACAAUUGACAAUGACACAAAGAUUGAGAAGCAAGAGACUUCAAUUGAGUCAUCAAGUAACAUUGAAAUGAAAGAAAAAUGUGAAACUACAAUAACACCCUUAUUUGACACAAUGGAGUUAAUUGAUGGUUUUUGUAUAGAUGAGGUUCCAAUGAUAGAACCUAAUGAGAUUAUAGUGUCUAAUUCAUCUUCAUCAACCUCUUCAUCAUCUACAUCAAAUUCAACCAAUUUUCUUGAAGAUCUCCAACUCCCUGAUUUUUGGGAUGAUGACUUUAUUAGUAGCUUGAAUUUUCUGAUUAAUGAUGAUAAUAAUGGUGAAAGCAAGCAAGCAUUUGAUGAGAUGAUUGUGGAUUCAGAAUCUUGGGCAUAUAUGUAG